AUGCAGAAUCAAGAACAGGUUACCAACAGCCCGGAGCAAAAUGUUCCCAACUUCUUCGAAUCAUGGACCAAAAACGAAGAUGAAAUUAACAAUUUCUUCACGAAUUUGAUGUACGAUGAUAAACAAUCAGUCAACAAUUUUAAUUACGGAGUCACACAAAAAAGUAACCAUGCUGCAAAUGAUGUUAACGUUAACAACGGUUAUUACUUCAAUGGGGAAAACUUGCUGCCCAACGAGAGACCGACAUACAUCCCCAUUGAACAGUACAUAGAGCCGAACCAGACCCUCCCAACGCUUGGGGAAUACUUACCGCAGAAUGAGGAGCAGAUCCCCAAUCUCAUUGUGGAACGGGCUACAGCCCCAGAAUUACCAGCGAAGUUUAAAUGCCCGUUUUGCGAUAGAUCCUUCACGAAAGUUUGCUACCUAUCUCAACAUGUGAACGCCCAGCACAACGACCAAAGGCAGUUCAAAUGUUCAAAGUGCGGAAAGAAGUUCGCAUCGCAGGAAACUCUGGCUUUACACGCGGAAAAACAUCAAGGCGACAAACCGCACAAGUGCAGGGUUUGCCCCAAGCAAUACAACUUCAGGUCCGACUUAAACAGGCACAUGUUCGUGCACGACAGAAGGAACAGCCCUUACAUUUGCACGUCUUGCGGGAAAGGUUUCGCGAGGAGAGAUCAUUUCAAGAAUCACUGCCUGAGCCACGAAAGAAAAGCUGCCUUGUAUAACGUUAGAAGAAACAUGAACCAACAACAGUUUUAG